AUGGAUGACAUUUUUGGUGUCUUUCGUUACCCAAUAACCGAUGCGCCGAUCAAUAGGGUAUACGCGGGAAGUGAUGCCGAGUUCGCUGAGUCUCCCUAUACUGUGUUCAUUAAAUUCGACACACCCGGCAAAGUGGGCGCCAUUACGUGCACCGGUAGUAUACUAAACAAACGCUGGGUCCUGACAGCAGCCCAUUGUAAUUACAAUAAAACAACAUUAAGGGAUAUAUACAAUAGGAUUCGGGUGUUUGUGGGCGACAAUCAGCACCCGGAGGGCGGAGAGUGUAUACGCGUUGAAUUGCAUAAUAUGUUUCGACACCCGGAUUAUAACCCACAUCUUGAUCUCAACGACAUAGCCCUCUAUAAGCUAAACACUGACAUCGAUAUAAACGGGUCAAUAGAGUCGGUUCACUAUAAGGCAAACACUGUAUGUCUACCGCAAUAUGACAUUUCUAAUCUCGGACUCAAUUGGGAACGAGAAUUUGCCACCGGAUUUGGUUGGGGACAGUUGUACAGCACAAACAACAUGGUCUGGAGGGCCAAAGUGUUGCAAAGGGCCGAGGUACUUUUAGAGGGCCUUAACGUUGCCUGCAAUUCGCUAUUAUGUUCACGCCUUGAUUGGGUGCCUGAAAUGAUUACCAGGAUUUGUGUGGGUGAUUCCGGGGGUCCAUUGGUUCAGUACGUGGACAGACACCGGUCGCGGGCAGUCAUAAUAGGUGUGACGAGUUAUAUCUGGACCAUUAAUAACACCGUGUUGUGCAACGCCAACAUACAUAGCCAAUACUGGACUCCCGUGGCUUUCCAUAAUGCGCCGACCAAUAGAGUAUACUCGGGAAAUGAUGCCGAGUUUGCUGAGGCUCCGUAUACUGUGAACAUUAAAUACGACACACCCGGCAAACGAGUAUACUCGGGAAAUGAUGCCGAGUUUGCUGAGGCUCCGUAUACUGUGAACAUUAAAUACGACACACCCGGCAAACGGUUUGCCAGUUUGUGCACCGGUAGUAUACUAAACAAACGCUGGGUCCUGACAGCAGCCCAUUGUAAUUACAAUUACACAACAUUAAAGGAUAUACAUGAAAGGGUGCGGGUGUUUGUGGGCGACAAUCAGAACCCGGAAGGCGGACAGUCUAUACGCGUUGAACUGCAUAAUAUGUUUCUACACAAAAAUUAUAAACCUGGUCGUGAUCUCUACGAUAUAGCGCUCUAUAAGUUAAACACUGACAUCAAUAUAAACGGG